GCAGCACUUCCGGGCUGAUGAGGGCCGCACCGGCGAUAGACACUGAAAACCGCCAGAUAGCUGUAGUGUUUACGGCGUUCCAACUACAGCUGCUGGUUUCUCUGUUUUGCGUAAUGGUUUUCUUACAAAGUCCCCGGUAACCGGUUUGUUAUUUUGGUUUUGUGUCUUUUGUUUUCUCACACGGGGAUAACGUUGUCUGAGGAAUAAGGCGGUCCUUGUUUACAAGAAGAUUCACCACGUCAUCUAAGAAAUAACUGACAUAGUGAAGAGGAAGCAAGUUGUCCUGUCCGCUGGUGCAUUCAUCAAAGAAGAAGAGGCAUAAUUAUAGCUUGAAUAAUAAUAAUAAUAAUAAUAAGAGGAGGGGACUUCAUCUCCAACAGCAAAAAAAGCAAGAGAGGAAUAUUUUUACAAGCGGCAAAGAAAGGAAGAGCGGGAGAAAAAGGAGUAAAGGACAAGAGACGAGGUGACAUAGCACACAAAAACAGAUCCACAUACUCAGACUGAUAGAGACUGUCUCACUCACUCCUCCAUCAGGAUGAAGCUGAAGGAGGAUGUGCCUCCUCUUUUCCUGCACGUCUUUCGCUCUGUGGUUUGGGUCUAUUCCUUCAUCACCUUCAUACCCUGGUACUUCCUGUCCGGAGCAGGGGCCAACCAGACCCGAGCCAAACGCAUCAAAGCACGCUCAGUUACCAGGAAUCCAGCAGGGCCUUACCGGGCCAUCAACAGCCAGAAGCAGCUUGUUUCAGAGCUCCAUGAUGGAGUGGGAACUCUGGAUAAAGUGUUUGAGUAUGCAGUGAAACGCUUUCCUCAGCGAGACUGUCUCGGUACUCGAGAGGUGCUCAGUGAGGGAGAUGAAGUGCAACCCAAUGGCAAGGUCUUCAAGAAGGUGAUAUUGGGUGAUUAUAACUGGCUGUCAUAUGAGGAAACCUUUCAGCUGGUCCAGAGGUUCGGGAGUGGCCUGGCUGCCCUGGGUCAGAAACCUCACUGUAACAUUGCUAUCUUCUGUGAGACUCGUGCCGAAUGGAUCAUAGCAGCACAGGCCUGCUUCAUGUACAACUUCCCAUUGGUGACUCUAUACUCUACUCUGGGAGGGGCAGCAAUAGCCCAUGGUCUUAAUGAGACAGAGGUCACACACAUCAUCACCAGUAAAGAUCUGCUGCAGAGUCGCCUCAAGGAAAUUCUGCUGGACGUCCCGAGGCUGCAGCACAUUAUCAUUGUGGACCAGAAGCCCACCAGCUGGCCUGGCCUACCCAGAGGCAUUCUGGUCCACAGCAUGUCCUCAGUGCAGGAACUGGGAGCAAAAUCUGAGAGCAUGAUGGUGCAGCGGAGUAAGCCCCUUCCCCAAGAUAUCGCUGUGAUCAUGUACACUAGCGGUUCCACAGGCAUCCCCAAAGGAGUCAUGAUCUCUCACAGAAACAUCAUUGCCGGGGUAGCUGGCAUGGCAGAACGUAUCCCGAACCUGGAUGAGAAUGACACCUAUAUUGGCUACUUGCCGCUGGCGCACGUGUUGGAGCUCAGUGCUGAGCUGGUGAGUGUUUCUCAUGGCUGCCGCAUCGGAUACUCCUCACCACAGACCCUCUCUGAUCAGUCAACCAAAAUUAAAAAAGGCAGUAAAGGAGAUGCCAGUGUCCUGAAGCCAACGCUAAUGGCAGCUGUUCCGGAGAUCAUGGACCGUAUCUAUAAGAAUGUAAUGACUAAGGUGGAUGAGAUGAGCAGAGUGCAGAGGACUCUCUUUGUGCUGGCCUACAACUACAAGAUGGAGCAGAUCACUAAAGGAUAUAGCACUCCACUAUGUGACCGUCUGGUUUUCAGGAAAGUGCGUUCAUUGCUGGGUGGGAAUACGCGAGUGUUGCUGUCAGGAGGAGCUCCUCUGUCUGCAGCUACUCAGCGCUUUAUGAACAUCUGUUUCUGCUGCCCAGUGGGACAGGGCUACGGCCUAACAGAGACCUGCGGAGCGGGGACCAUUAGCGAGCUAUAUGACUACAGUACGGGCCGUGUUGGAGCACCUCUGGUGUGUUCUGAGAUCAUGCUUAAGGACUGGGAGGAAGGCGGAUACUAUAGUACUGACAAGCCCAUUCCUCGAGGGGAAAUUUUGAUUGGUGGACCAAAUGUUACUAUGGGUUACUAUAAGAAUGAGGAAAAGAACAGGGAAGACUUUUUCGUGGACAAAAAUGGACAGCGCUGGUUCUGCACAGGAGACAUUGGCGAGUUCCACGCUGACGGUUGUCUUAAGAUCAUUGAUCGUAAAAAGGACCUGGUGAAACUACAGGCAGGAGAGUAUGUGUCUUUGGGAAAAGUGGAAGCUGCGCUGAAAAACUGCCCCCUCAUCGACAACAUAUGUGCUUAUGCCAACAGCGAGGAGUCAUAUGUGAUUGGCUUUGUGGUGCCCAAUCAGAAGCAGCUGCUGGCUCUUGCCAAGCAGAAGCAAGUGCGAGGGACAUGGGAGGAAAUUUGUAACCACCCUGAUAUGGAGAAGGAGGUGCUGCGCAUCAUUACGGAAGCUGCGGUAACUGCCAAACUGGAGCGCUUUGAGAUCCCCAAGAAGAUCCGUCUGAGUGCCGAGCCGUGGACUCCGGAGACAGGCCUGGUUACUGAUGCCUUCAAACUCAAACGCAAGGAGCUCAAAAGCCACUACCAGGAAGACAUUGAGAGGAUGUAUGGUGGCAAGUAAAAGAAGACAGGGUCAAACAGUAGCAAGAAUUGCGAUAAUUCGAAGGACUUAGGAUGUACUAUGACCAGAAAGCCUAUAUAAUAUGCAUUCCUACUUCUUUUGGAUAAACCCCUUAGAUCAUAUACAUGAACAUUUAAAUUAUUCUAAGGUAUUGGCUGACCAAAACAAAAACAACAAAGAUUGUAAAAUGGUCAACAGGCAAGUAAAAGUGUCUAAUCAGUAACAAUAAAGCAAUUUUUUUUUGACCAGCGUUCUUCUAGUGGACUUCUAGAAGACAUACGUUUGUAUUAUAGACUGAAGAGAUACCAGGAUCUGGUAUUUUCAGGAAUUAAUGACUUCACUUUGAAUCUCAGACGAUGAAAUGGAUGGACCAGCUCCAUUUAUCAACCAGAAAAAAUGCACAGGAAUUGUACAGAGUAAGAGCGAUCUGUUGGAUUUCAUAUAAAUGAAGUCAUAAGACUUGUGAAUUCAUUCCAGUCUGCUGUAGUGAGGCUGUGUUGAUUUGACAGGAACAAGGUAGCAUUAUCUGUGCAGGGAAAAAUCUUAUAAACUGUUUGUUUGGUUUUUUUGUGUUGGUUCUGUUCAUUUCUAUUUGGUAAUUAUCUGGCAUGUGUGAAAUGAAGCCUGGAGAGAUUUCAGUGUGAAGGUCACUAUUAUAUCAUAUUCCAUACAUGUGCUCUUUUUAUCAAAGCACUCCUUGAUAUUUUUUAUUUGUUUUGUUUCCUCACACUUUUCCUUGGUCAUUUCUGUUUUACUUUUAACCCAGAGUGUGUUACAAAGAAUUACUGGUACUCUGGGAUAAAGCAGUCAUGACGAUAGCGUUAAUAAUAUACUCUAUUCUGCUCCUUGUACAUAGUGCAUUUUUGGCUUUCAUACUUUUUAAUAGAUUAUUUGAAGCUCUCUACCCAUAUUACUACUCCAGUGGAUUAUCUUUAAGGAAGACUUUAGCUAACAAUACCAAUUUGACCAACUGUAAGUGGAAUCUAGUGCGGCAUGAAACUCAGCACUUAUGGCAUAUUCUACAGAAAGUGGGCAUGUUUGAGUAUGCUGUAAACAAAGCAAAAUAACAAAAUUCCAUGAGGUUUUUUUUUUUUAUUAAUUGCUCACUAUAAUAGAAACUAAAAUAAAUAACUGUAUAAGCAAUCAGUGUUUUUAGAUUUGUUAUCUUUCAGUUAGAAUUAUUUUGUUUUAGAAAACACUUCGACAGUGGACAGAAAACAAUCCCACGAUACCGAAAACAAUGCUUUAUCCCAGUUGUGAACGUAACAUGUUUGUCUGUCCACCUGCGUAACGUAACGUUAGCAACACCCCUGGCUGUUCAUCAAAAGAUUCACUAAUACUGGAUCACAGGAAUUUUAACUCGUUGACCACCUUGUUCCUGUUAUCUGGGAAGGAUUUUGGAUUGUUAGUUAAUCCGGGCUUAAGGAACCCCACUGUAAGGCGAACAUUAAUUCUGUCCGUGAUGGAGGAGUAACGCUCACGAAGUUUACACUGCAAGAGCCACUUUUAUUAUGAUUUGGAAGUGACCCCAUUGUAGAAAAUCAUGUGUGUUAGGGAUUGUUUGACCUUGAUCUCAACAGCUGCAAGUGAAUAAUUUGCAUAAGUUUUUCACAAUAUUAGUUAAAAUAUAUUCUGUCUACUGAAGUAAUGAUUGCUUCAAAUAACGUAUGCAUCAUUCGAGAAGAGAAAUAAGGAAUCUACACGUUCUUUGUGGUAAAAUAAGUGUUAAAAUGAGGCAUGGCCAUGGACUGCGUGAGUAGAUGAAUUGAAGAAGUGUUGUGUACACACAGGGAAUAGUGAGAUUUCCUGUGCGAACAUUACCGAUAGGCCGAAUUCUUCUAUGCGAGCGCUAUGAAAGGACAGAUUUUAAAAAACAAAACAAAAACACAUAUAAACCCCUUUAUUGACCAAAUUAUGAUUGGGCCGGGUCUGAAAUUUGAUGUGAACACCGUUUAAAAAAAUAACAAACAGAAAUAAUAGAUUGCUUUGAGAUUUGAAUAGAUGGGAUCAUUUCUGCCCAAUUUCUGUAGAAUAUGCCUCAGGCUAAUAGUUGGAUAUCAUGUUCCUGAUUUGUCGUGCGUUCAACAGCCUUCUGUUUGCUGUUGCUGACACUGUUAGUCACACUGGUGUUUAGGCUAAACCUGAACUUUAAAGAUGGUGUUAACUGUUCUGUUCCACUUAUUGGUACUAUUCCAGAAGAGAAACUUAAACAAUGCAUCAUGAAUAAAUAAACCAGCAAGCUAACUCUUCACUCCACCUAAGAAAGGGGGGUGUGUGUACAUAAUGUGUCAGGAUGUAUGUGUGUUUUAUAUCUCCUCCUCAUCCUCCAAACUGGUCAGGCAUUUGAAUUAACGCUUGUGUGUGUGUGUGUGUGUGUGUGUGUGUGUGUGUGUGUGUGUGUGUGUUUGCCCCUCUCUGAUGUUUAGUCAUCUCUGAUUAUUUACCUGUUUGGAUUCCGCUAAAAUCUGUUUCAUAGGAUUUGUGAGAAGCAGGCAGGGAAUAUAUAUAUAAAGCUUUACAUUUGUGCAUAUAUCAUAUGCCUUUGGUCCAUACUCCUUUAACAGUUAGAUGAAUGUUUACAUGAGACCAGUAUGUGCAGCAGGUUCAUGCCUUUGCCGAGACAUUUAAAAGGCUUUGUUUAAACCAUUAGACAUUUAUAUUGAAUUCUUAUAUCUUGAUAUUGUCAUGGAUCUAGUUGGUAGUGUUGAAUAAAAGUAUAAAAUAAAUGUGCAAUAAA